AUGUGGGUUGUAGUAGCAGCGUGGGUGCUGUGCUUGGCCUCUCUCUCCCUCCCCUGGCCCGGCUACACCCUCAUCGUCCUGCUGUGCUGCGUCGCCUUCUUCGAGCUGGCGAGCCCGGCGGCAUGGGUCGCUACCGCGAGAGGUGGGGGGGGCAACAACCCCGCGUCGGCCGGUCGAACACCGUCAACGAUAGAGGAGAUGUCCGACACACGAAAGGCGACUGCUAUUGCUGGGCCGCCGCCGCCGCCGCCGCCGGCUGCUGCCGCCGAAGCUACUGCUGUUGCGUCGUACGCAGGACGCAGCCCUUCGGUGGCCUUCGCGGGCGUGAUUCGCUACCUGGCCAGCCACCUGCGGCGCCGAGGCGGGGGCGAGAUUGAGGAAGUUGCUACCACGCAGGUGGGGUCCGGGGACGACGGGGAUGAUCAUGCUCUCGGCAAGGAACAGCAGGAGCAGUCGAAAACCGCCAAGAAGAAGAAGCCUUCGGCGACCUUCCUGAAAGGCUCCGUGGGAUCUUUCUCGAGGGGGGGGUUGAUGGUGACCCACGAGGGGCGAGUGAUCUACAAGGUCAAUCAGGACAGGGGGCUCAUCUCGCACCCUUCCCUCAACAGGGCGAAACACACCGUCUUUGGUGUGUUCGACGGACACGGGGAGAACGGAGAGCACGUGGCCGCGUACACGAUGCGGGAGGUGCCCCGCAGAUUAGAGCUCCACCCGGAAUCCAUUCGCGACCCCGUCAGCGCAUUGGAGGACGUGUUUUUGGACAUCAACUCUUCCCUGCCAAAGUCCGGCAUCAACGCCGUUUUCGGCGGCUGCACGGCGGUGGUGGCUCUGGUGAGGGGGCCGAGGGUGUGGGUCGCGAACGCCGGCGACUCGCGGGCGCUCGUGGCCGGGAGGGGGAAGGACGGCUUGGUCGUCGCGCGCGGGCUGACACGCGAUCAGAACCCCGACUCCCCCGGAGAGCGUGAGCGCAUCGAGGCCAUGGGAGGGUUCGUGAGCGACCCCGAAGAGGCGGGCGCAUCAGCAAGGGUCUGGUUGGACGCGACGAGGACGCUGGUCGGGCUGGCCAUGGCGAGGUCGAUCGGCGACCUGGCCGUCAAGAGGGUUGGGGUCAUCGCCCUGCCGGAGGUAACGGAGUAUGUCCUCCAGCCCGAAGACGAGUUCCUCGUGCUUGCCAGCGAUGGAGUCUGGGAGUUCAUCGACAACCAGGAGGCGUCGGAGAUUGUGCAGGGCUUUUUCGACAGGGGAGAAGACGCGGCGGGAGCCUGCAAGGGUCUGAUGGAGAUGGCGAACCGGAGAUGGUCCGACAUGGUCGGCGACUACCGCGACGACAUCACGGCCACCGUGGUCAAGCUCCCCUUCCUGCCGCCCGCGGCGGCGGCGGAAGCCUUGGUCAUGAACGUCGCGAGCGCGAACGAGGGCGACGCACCCGCCGCCUCGGCAGUAGCGGCGGGAGAAGAGGAAGCGGCGGCCGUUGCGGGAACGUCCUCCUCCCCCUCUGCUGCGGCACGGGAAGAGGUGGAAAAUCGGUCGGACGGUGCGGAGCUGGAGGAUUCCGCUGCUCGUGACACCGCUAACCCCGACGGUGGUAGCAGCGGUGACGCUCUGGUCGGAGAAGGCGGAGGAACAGGCACGGGGCUGCAGAGGGACGGGGGAUACGAAGAGCAGGAACGGGGGCACGGGGCAGCGGUGGCGGCCGUAGCCGGCGACGGCGGCGCCGCGGUGAGCGGGGGCUUGGCGCCCACUGCGGAAGGUGCAACUCGGGCAGACGCGAGCAAGGACAAGGGCGGUCAAGACUCGGGGUUCUCCGAGAUUCCGGAGGAGGCGCUCGCCGCGAGGAUGGCCGGGGAGGGCGGGAGCCCGGCCCCGCCGCUGGCGCCCGCGUUUUCGCCGGCACUGCCGACGGCGGCGGCCGGAGCGGGCGAGUCGGCGACGACAGAUGAUGAUGAUGAUGAUGAUGAUGAUGAUGAUGAUGAAGCCGACGUUUUGACGCAAGAGGGAGCCGAUUUUUUCGACGACAUGGAGGAAGACGACGGGGAAGGUCUUGGGGAAGAAGAGGGAGAGGAGGGCGAAGAAUGGGAGUGGGACUUCGGGGCGCGAGAGAACAGGCAGCCGAGCCGAGAGAUUCGAGAGGCCAGCAAGGAGUUCCCCUCGGGAUCUCUCGACGCGCUGGUUGCGGGAGCAGACUCCUCUUCCUCCCGAAGGGAUUGAUUGGAUUUGCCGCGACAAGACAACGUUUUGGUGCUAAAAUUGUGUGGGCAUUGCUAUGUGGUAAAACGUUAAAGGUGUUUGUGUUGUUUGGGGCGUUGCUUUUGUAGAGGAGAGAAUGGUGCUGAGGUGUGGGUGAGAACACAUGGGGGGCUGUGAAAAGCGUUUGUUUUCGACCCACCGUUUGCGAGAAAGCUGAAAGGUAUUUUGUUACGGAAGACGGAGCAUUUGUGUGUGCGCGCUCGUUUCGAAGCUUUGCAGAGAAGAUCUGCUUCUGAGAAGCUACUGUAGUACCGUAUCACGGGGUACAGAGUUUACGCCAGUUGUCGGGCUCCCCUCACCGACCCCCCUCAUCCCUAUUUCGUCAGUUUGAGAAUCCGUGCGCCCACCCCCCGCGCCGGCCACCUACCUCUUCCUAGUAGAAGUAAUUCAACAUGUUGAAGGGCAAUUUGAUGCCUUCCUGAUAGAAGUCGUUUACGAAAGUUUGGAAACCCUUGCUCUUCCUACGGAGGCCGAUUGUCCCAGGUUAUUUGAUUCUCGGGAUUGACCGUUUCCGGCGGGCGAGCGGACGAUCGCGAGCGACACCCCCCACACAAUUCCAUCUGCUGGCUUCUCUUGGUUUGUCCGUUUAGCGUAGAUAAGAGUCUCUCAAGAAAAGGUUGUUCAAGCUCUUGUGAGUUUUUCCACCGGACAGCCAAGCUAAGGAGUCGCCUUGUAAGAGGUCGCCUUGUAAGAGUGUCGGUGGCACGACCAGCCGUCCAUGUCAACGGGCCGGCCUGCAACAGCAGAACACUGGUAGUAGUAGGCAUAAAACGGGCGCAGGUGUUGAUUCGCCGCGCAAUAACGCGGUGCUGUGCGCACUGCACCUGCACGAGGUAGCGGUCCCCACCGCGCCCUGCGGUGGGCGACUUUUAACAGCAUCUCGAAAUGUCGGGACCCUUUUUUUGGUCGACGUGUUUCCUGUACAGGGAAGACAGUUGUAGCGAGAGGGCCAGGGGGGUUAUUUCGGUCGGGGUUGCAGCAAAACCAACUCCUCUUUUCCUGUUCUUGAUCGGCGAUGAAGCCCAACAACCGCACGCGGGUGUGCGCUUGCGGGCGGGGGAGGGGGGGGUUGGAACCAUUUUUGGCUUUCAAGGCUACUCGUUGUUGACCGCGACGACGUGGUUUUCACGACCGCGGUAAGAGGGAGAGGGGACUGCUUGCGAGAAUGAUAACCUGGGCUGUGCUUUCUUUUUUUCUCUCUUCGGGUGCUCGACUAGGUUGGGUAUUGCGAUGCGCGGGGGGGCGGGUAGGAGAGACGGGAGGGGCGUAGGCAGUGAACUCGUUUUUUUUGGGAGUUUGGGAUCGCGAUCCCGAAAGAACGGUGGCUUGGAGAGCACGUGGUCGGAUAUCAAAGAGGUUGGCAAGAUCUAUUGAAAGAUCCAUUACGGAUGUAUGCCCUCGAGUACUGUAUCGCGCGUCCCUCCGGUCAUUGUUGUACUUGUUGUGGGCGCUCUGGCGAGGGCGGAGGAGGUAUCUCGUUGGAUACACGGCGAGGGGAGAAGAGCAACAGAAAAAAAACGCCGACUGCGCUGUAUGGCCUGCCGUUCCGUGUUGGUCGCCGUCGCGUGGUGUGUUGCACGAGAUUUAGUGUUCUGCUCUAGAUCAAGAUACACAUACAUGUCGUAGCGCGCACGAGAGAGAGAGUUCGGUUGGUUGGGGGUUGGUCGAGAACGCAAGGGUACUCAAGUUGAGAAAAACGCGCACACGUUUGUUGCUGCAUUUUUUGCCUAGAUCAUUCGUCGACAGCGAAGCGUCGCCGUCGUUCAUACCGACAGAGGAGAAAAAGAUGUACAGUUGAUCGAUCGUCGAUGUUUGUCCUCUAUGUUGGUGUUCCUUGUGUUUUUGUUUUUGCUGAUUUUCUUUUUGUGUGGAUGUACUGUGAGGGCUCUUCAUCCUGCACAACCCGAAGAAAGAGGGGAAACGGGACAACGCAAAAAUGUAUGGUAGACCGUGUUGUCUUGUGCGUGGAGAGAUAAGGCCGAGGAGACGACGACAUGUUGCUACAAUAGAGCGUAGAAUAAGCAAGCGGGCGUGGUCUCGCCACCUGCCGGAAGAGCCUCCGGAAAGUUUAUGUUGUACCUAUCUAUGCUGUGUUUCGAGUAAGUAAGUAUCCCGUGUGCCUGUUUAGAGGAGUUGCAUUAGAACGCUGCCCAGGUGUUUGUUUUAGAAUGUUUCUGUGUUGUGGAAUAGCGGAGUGUUUCCAUGAGGAAAGUAUGUGACGUGUGGCGGGAGACAGGGUGUGUGUAUGGACUGCUGUCUCCGCGCGCUGAAGAGCGGAGAACAAGAUUGGCGACCCCGUUCGUUCACUCGGUGACUGCUUUUUGAAAGUAGAGCGCACGCGACGACCAAAUUGAAGCCACGCCGCGUACCAUCAGUGAGCUCAGACAAGACGACAGAGAGAGGCGCUCCUUGUAUCGAGGGGAAACAGUUUUGCUCGCGUCAGAAACGAUUUUUCGGGGGUGUUUUAGCGUGGCAAGACACACGUACGCACGAUACGUUGCACACGUGAACGUGAGGGCACGCAGUGUAAGCGUGGCU